AAGAAGUCAAUCAUUGGAUAUGAACGAUGGCUUAAACAAAGUAUCCACUGCUCAUCACAAUUCAACACAAAUGGCUAAAAUUAUUUCAAACAAAUAUCUCUCUAAAUCAAGCGACACGUAUCCAAAACAAAAAGCCGCAUCGAUGGUCGACGUCUCGAAGAAUAGUGAACUUAAACUUUUGAAAUGCGAUGCCAAUGGAAAUCAUGGGAUUGUGAGGUCACAACAAAAAACAUCGGCCAGACUUAUACUCAAAGAAAUCUCAAAACCUCAUCACAAUGUGGGAGAGAAAGUGGCUCAGAUAUUCUAUACCGAGAAGAGAGAGAAUAUAAUUGUGGUAAUGAGCGCCUGCUCUGAAGCCUGUAAUGGUAUGUGCCUUUCGCACCGUUAUGUCAAUCAAUAG